GAAACUGAGAGCAAAAAUAAAAUUUUGGCAAAGGUUCUUUGGCCUUAUGAAUAGCCCAGUUUUGGCUCUUGAAUUGUAAUUGUUAUUAUUUCAUUUUACGUCGCUUUUCUUUAUGCUUUUCUCGGCUGUCAAGUGUCAACUACUUUCCGUAUUCGUCUGCUGCUUUUUGUCGUUUCUCUUUGCGACAGCAAUGCUAUGUUCUUCAAUUCUGAUUCAAUUUUGAAAAUAGUGACCGAAAUUUCGUGACUUUAGCGAUUAGUCACCAUUUUAAGCGUAUAAUGCCAGUGCUGUAAACUAAGCUAUGGAAACUUCGUUAAUGAGGUGCAAAAUGAAUGGAGCCCACCCAGAGGAUGGUGUUUCUGAUUUGACUUUGAUAUCCAAUAUUGACGAAAGGGGCAUUAACCUAAAUCUCAGGACUCGAUACAAAAGAGAUGAAAUUUAUACAUGUGCUGGAACCAUUCUGAUUGCUGUCAAUCCUUACAAGGAUCUACCAAUUUAUGGAUUAGACUAUGUUGAACGCUACCAGAGAAAACAGGAAACAACUAAGAGAGAGCCUCAUGUGUAUUUGCUUACUGAAUCAGCAUUUACUUCAUUUCAACAUAAAGCUGUUAAUCAGUCAGUAGUUAUCAGUGGUGAAAGUGGAGCUGGGAAAACUGAAACUGCAAAAUUUGUACUGAAUUACUUAUGUUCUGUUACAUCUAAUAUUAGCACAUGGGUUCAACAUCAGAUAAUUGAAGCAAAUACCAUACUCGAAGCAUUCGGCAAUGCUAAAACCGUUCGAAAUGACAAUUCGUCUCGCUUCGGGAAGUUCAUGCAAGUGUGUUUUGACUCCCAUGUCAAAAUCAGUGGAUGUGUUAUUCAAGACUACCUCCUCGAAUUAUCACGUAUUACGGUUCAAAGCAAAGGGGAACGCAAUUACCACGUUUUUUAUCAGCUACUUGCAGCCGCUCAGCAUGACGAAGAAUUGUCCAAUCUUUGGAUGCUUAAAUCUUGGAAGCAUUAUGAUUAUGUCAAUCAAAGUGGAUGUGCUAGUAUAAAUGGAGUCGACGACUCGAAAAAAUUCGAUGGACUUCGUUUAGCCCUCAACGUUCUUCAGGUUUCAACUCAAGAUACAGAAAGCAUAUUCUCCGUUAUCGCGGGCAUUCUGUGGCUUGGAAAUCUCCGUUUUAAGGAUAUAGAUGGAGAAAAAUGUGAAUUGCUACCUGAAGAUGAAGAAAUUGUUAUCAUUAUCGCUAAGUUGCUGGGGCUAAAUCUGGACGAAGACUUAAAAUUGAAAGAAGUACUUAUCCUUCGGCAAAUAAACGUUCGUGGAAAUGUCACGGAAAUACCUUUGCGACUUCAUGAGGCUCGCGAAAAUAGGCAUGCCAUGGCCAGGAUUUUAUAUUCCCGCACCUUUUCAUGGUUAUUGCAUCAUAUAAAUCGGUGUACCAGUCCAGGAGAGAACACUAAUCGCUUCCUAGGCAUCUUAGACAUUUUUGGCUUCGAAAACUUCGAACAAAAUUCUUUCGAGCAACUCUGCAUUAAUUACACAAACGAAAAACUCCAUCGUUUUUUCAACCAUUAUGUUUUUGCUCUUGAGCAAGAACUAUAUUCAACAGAAGAAAUCCAAUUUUCUCACAUUCAAUUUACCGACAAUUCACUUUGUGUUGAGCUUAUUGAAAAGCCUCCGCUUUGCAUCCUCAAGUUGCUUUCUGAACAGUGUCAUAUGCCUAAAGGAUGUGAUCUUUCAUAUAUCACCAACCUCCAUACUGAAUUCGAAAAUCAUGCGUACUAUAUAAAAGGCGAUGAUAGGCGUCGAUGGGAACAAGAAUUCGGAAUACGCCAUUAUGCAGGAGCUGUAAUGUACAAUGUUUCGGGAUUCGUGGACAAGAACCGUGAUGUUCAACAAGAAGUUUUUCUAGAUCUCCUUACUAGCUCAACGAAAUCGGUUGUUCGCGAAUUAACUAGCCUUCCCAAUCAGGAAAUGCCAACUCAGUCCAAAACUAUUUGUGGGACCAAUACUGUCGCGCGUGGAACAAACAAAGCGAAACCUACCAAAAGUGAUACAUUCCGCGUUCAGCUUACUCAGCUUGUACAGUCACUCCAAUCAACCAACCCAUGGUACGUAAGAUGCAUAAAGCCGAAUACUGGGAAAUUAGCAAACACAUUUCAUGAACCUAUGGUCUUGGAUCAGCUUCGUUACUUGGGCAUGCUCGAUUUGAUCCGUAUACGAAGAGAGGGGUAUCCUGUCCAUAUCGAUUUUGAUUCUUUUAUUUCCUCGUACAAGUGCCUGUGUAAAGGAAUUCGCUUCCCCUUGGGUGCCAAGGAAAGCGUCCAUAUGAUUUUAAAAACUUUAAACUACCCGAUUAAUCAGUGGCAGGUUGGAAAGAGGAAAGUUUUCCUUCGGUUACAAGUGUACGAGCCCUUGGAGUCAUCCCGUAUUUCCAUCCUAAAUCAAUCUGCUGUUUUGUUGCAAUCGUGUUGGAGAAGAUUCGUUGAUCGUCGUUCUUUUUUAAACAAGAGGAAUGCUGUCUUAGUUCUUCAACAUGCCUUUAAAGGUUGGCAACUUCGGCUGAAAUUUAUACUUAGACGCCGGGCAGCGAUUGUCAUUCAGAGUCAUCUGCGUGGAAUGUUCGCACGCGAGGUAGCAAUGGCACUGCGAGAAAUGCGCCGAGUAGAAGAAAUCGAAGCCAAACAGCGAGAAAGGGAAAAGAUGGUUGCCCAAGAAACCGAGGCUGCCGAGACGUUGGAAGAGGUUUCAUCAAUUAGCGACCAGGAUAACACUGGUCUGCAAUCUCAGAGUUCUGCCGAUGAGAGUAAUAGCCACGCGCCUCAACGCCCGACGCAGAAUGACCUCCACACCUUGUCGCAUUUUUCGGUGCAAUUGAACUCAAAAUUUUCUUCAGCGUGUUCCCACAAUCCAUUCGAGGACACAUUGGCGAAUGUAGUUGCCGAAAAUGUUGACCUAGACAACCUUUUUGCAUUUUUGUCGGAAGUCCACGCAGACGGAGGCAAAAAUGCUAUGCUGGAAGAAAUAGAAAACCAGAUGACUGAAUUGGCCUCUGGUUUUGAUGAAGAAAUCGAACUGGUUUCUCGAGAAAGAGAGAACGAAGUUUCUAAAGAUUAUGAAGAAUUUCCUCUGCCAUCGCCACCACCCGUUCUAGAAUCUUUUGAAUCGCCUAUAUCGGAUUCCAUGUUAGCUUUUGGUUUUCCAUCUUUACCGGAACCAACUGAGAAACCUCCUCCUCCACCUACUAUUCAUCAAGAUGAGCCCAUCUAUGAGGCCAUUCAACCUCGUUAUCACUCACCCAGCAUUAUCGAACCUGAGAAAUUACAAGAAAAUGAUGCCGUCGAAGCUUCGGAUCCAUGGAAACCAAAUAAGGAAAAUCGGGAAGUGCGACGGAAGCUGAGAAUUGCGCGCAAGCUCCAUGAACUGGAGGAAGACAUUCAAUCAGCUGCCAACCAGGCCAGUGAACUUCAUGAAUUGAUUGAAUUCGCUGAAAAAAAUUUCAACAUUCAUGAAUAUGUUUCUGAUGUUAAUUUGGGAUCCACACUUAAAAGAAACAAGAAACCUGGAGAGAUAAUUACGAUUCCAAAAGAAGACAUGGUUGUCUUCACAAAAUAUAACUACAUACCCACGUCUCAUCUUACGCUUUACGACCACGAUAGUAUAACUAUCGCUUGCGACAUAUUCAAGGAAUUAUGCAGGUACAUGAAAAGCGAAAUGAAGUAUGAAGAGGAAGAAACAUUUCUGCACACAGUAGUUGGCUACGGCAUAGAACGAGAUGAUUUACGAGACGAAAUAUAUGUCAUGUGUAUGCGCCAAGCUACCAACAACCCAUCGCCUGAUAUGUGUGAAAAAAUUUGGACAGUAUUGGCAUUCUGCGUUGUCGCCUUUGUUCCUAGCAAACUUUUACACAAAUAUGUUGACAGUUUUAUCCGGAAAAAUAGCAUACAGACAUCCUCGAGAUAUUAUCCGUUUAUAUACUGGUGUGGAGAACGUCUACGGUCUUCUAGAAUUGCAGAUCGGAAAAUGCCUCCGUCUUCACGGGAAGUUGAAGCGAUUCGUCGUUUAGGUUCAGUCGUCUGCCGCGUAUACUUUUUAGACGGAAAAAGCAGAGCCUUGGACAUCUCUCCAUUGGAUACUGCCGGUGAUGUAGUGCAUCGCAUAUCUGAAAGCCUGGGACUGAAUCCCAAUGACGGAUGGGCACUUUAUCAGGGACCAGAUCGUGGUAGAUACGCCCAUAUUAAAGCGCAUGAAUUUGUUUGUGAUGUGCUUUCUUCGUGGGAGACCAAGCAAGAUUCUUCACCAACACACAAUUCAGGGAGAAGCUCAGUCAGCACAAACGGCAGCGGUAGUACCCGCGGUCAGAAGGCUGUUUCGCCCAUCUCGGUUCCUGAGAAUCGUUUCUUUUUCUACCGCCGUCUUUUCCGUGGAUCUCGUGAAUUGUCUGAAGAUCCCAUGGAAAUCGCCUUGCUGUAUGGACAAGCUGUAUACUCUGUCGUUGAAUUAGAUGAAUUUCCCAUCAACGAUAAAGUUUCGCUUCAGCUCGCUGGCCUUCAGCUUCAAGUUACUCUUGGUGACCCGGAAACAAGAAAAGAAAACACGUAUGAAAAAGUGGAAGUUUAUCUCCCUCAGCGAAUCAUUGCCCAAAAACAGCGAGAGGAAUGGUAUCAGUUGUUAAGCCACGCACACGUUCAAUAUGGAACAGGAAAAUCUGAGCUCAUAGCUCGUGUUUGGUAUCUUUCGUGCGUCAUGCAUUUUCCAUUGUAUGGUGUGACGCAGUUUUCUGUCACAUAUCGUGGCUAUUGGGCGUAUGGAAACAAACUAAUUUUGGGUAUCAACUGCGAUGGUGUCGCUCUGAUAAAACCAGAUGACAAAUUCGUUAUGUAUGAAUAUCGCUAUGGCGACAUCGAAUCAAUCUUGAUUGAUCCCAGCGAUGAUUUUCUUACGCUGACGCUUUUGCAAUCUCUGUCCGAUGCCCACAAGUGUCUAGUUUUUGAAACCAAAGACAAGGAAGAAAUUGCAUCCCUUAUUGUCAGUUACUGUCCGGCGUUAUCAUACUGGUUGACGGAUUUGGAUCGCCCCAAGAAGAGAUUGAAACCCAUUACGAGCGAAGAUAGGCUGCGCCGCUUUCAAAACGUGAUCAAUUGCCGGAAACUUUUGGUCGACAGCGGAACUCUGCGCAAACCGGUCGAUGACAUGGGCAGAUUCUUGCGCUCCACUCUAAGGCGUUUGAAUAAAUCCAAAAUUGAUAAGCUACGAGCUAUUUCAUCAAGCUCGUGUGGGGAAAACUACAAAGGUUUCACCCACGCCGAAUGGGCAUUCACCCGAUAUCCGCUUGCGCAGUCGCUUAUCAAAUUUACGGAAAUGGAUGAUAAAGCCGCCGUAGAUAACUUCCGUUUAGUGUUAUCCUAUUCGGGACUGUUGCAACCCGAAGAUGGUCAAUCGGGUAGCGAAGAAGAAUUAAUUCCCCUUGCUCAGACCCUAUUGGAACGCAGCAUGAAAAAAGAAUGUUUGUUCAACGAACUAUUCCUGCAGCUCAUCAAACAGACCACUGACCAUCCGGAAGUCAAUUCGCGUGUCAAUCUUCGUCAUUGGGCGUUAUUGACAUUGAUGUGUUCCAUAGCAUUGCCGCAUGACAAAAUUAUUCGUAAAUAUCUUAUAGCCCAUCUGAAGCUAUGUUCUGCUGAUGUUACGUCAGAGGAAGGGAAAUUUGCACGUUUUGCUGAAAAGUGUUUAUAUAAAACCAUGAAUAGCCGUAGGCGCCAAUGGUCCCCAUCUUCCCAGGAAAUUUUGUGUACUGUUAGCCGAAGAUUAAUCUACGCUCGAAUUUACCUCAUGGAUGGUGCUUUUCACGCGGUUGAAUUUGAACCGACGGCCACUGCCAACGAUGUUAUCGAAAUUAUCAAAAACCGCAUUGGCUUGCGAAGUACGUCUCAAGGUUUCGCUCUCUAUGAAGUUCUCGGUGACGUAGAGCGCAGCAUGGUUUCCGAUGAAAAGUUAACUGACGUCAUGGGCAAAUGGGAAAGAUACAGAAACUCUGGAGCCCAGCAACAUCCUCAGCAACAUCAUGCUUUUCUCUUCAAAAAGCAUUUGUUUUUGGAUCAGUAUAUCAAUCUGGGAGAUCCAGUGGAAAAGGAACUGCUCUAUUUUCAAAUGUUGCAUUCUAUUCGAGUUGAUCGCUUCCCCGUUACCGAGAUGGAAGCUAUUAUGAUAUGCUCACUGCGAGCCCAAAUUGAGCUCGGAGACUACUGUCCAAGUCCCCAAUUAAAUUACGGAGCUGUUAUUCAACACUGUCUUCCCCCUCGGAUCUUGUCUUUGAUUGGAACGGAAGUUGUAGCACUUCAUCACCAGUCGCUAUUUGGAAUGACACCCCAGGAAGCGAAACAGGCAUUUUUUAACAUCAUACAAAGCUGGCCCCUUCAUAAAGCCACUUUUUAUGACGUCAUGCAAUCUUUCACAUCAAACUGGCCGAAAGCAUUAUGGCUUGCUAUUGACCAACGAGGCUUACACCUUCUAGAACAUCGCACUCGCCACAUUCUUUGCAAUUAUGAUUACUCUACAUUGAUAAGCGUCAGUCCAACUUUGAAUUGCCUCAUGGUGAUAACUGGAACCGACGCCAAACCCAGCAAAGUCAUAUUGAAUACCCAUCAGGCUUUUCAGAUUGCGAAUCUUGUGCGCGAAUAUUGCGACGUUUUGCAAGUGACGACCGGUAUGUCGCCGCCAACUCCUCUCAUGGGAUAAAAUGGAAACUGCGUCUGUAGAAGACAAGGCUUCUUGUUUUACCAUAACCUACUGAACCGUUUUUACCAAUCGAGCCUCCUCUUACUCUUUCGAUGCAUAUUAAAUUAAUUCCCUGCCGAGGUUGAAUGUACGUAGGCAAGUCUCGUACAACCAGCCAAAACCGACUGCAGGAUUUUGUCAUUUUGGACUCGAAAAUAACGUUAAAUAUUGUAUCCUCCAUAUAUUUAGGUCAUUAAUAGCUUAUCUCCGCGAUUUUUGCGCAUUUUAAAAUAUUUAUCUAGGAAAAGAAAACGAAGAAUUCCAUGACUUUCUGAGCUUUGCCAGUCCCCUAAUCUUUCCCUUUGGUUAGGCUAGCCGAUCAGAAAGCAACGAACAACCGCUUUUACUUGUAAGAAUUACUUUUUAUUUCCACUCAGCUUUUUAGGUAUUAUAUUUUAAGCAAUCUUGCGGUUACUCUAAAUUAAUGCUCAUCUUUCUGCCAACCGGAACAAAAGACUAUUAUAAUAUUGUACUCGGUAGUUGUAAUCGCGUUCUACCUUGUCGAGCCGCUUGUGUCAUUUCCUUGCCCUUUUUAUUUCUUAACCAAAUAUGAAAACUGAAGUCAACUCCUCGUAGGUAAAAUUUGGAGGAAAAAAAAAAUGUAUUUAUAUAUAUUACCUAGUGCUUUGGGAGGCCGUAUAUUUCUGUAUUGACAUAAAUUUAACAAUUGCGUGACAUUUCUGAUAUGACUCUUCCUCUUCUUAAAUUUCGCAACUUGCUGUGGUCGGAUCUCGGUUGAACACAUACAAAGUGCAGAAGUCAGAUAUUAGAGAAACUUAAAUGUUCACCGGAAUCCUUCUUCCUCGAGCCAAAUUCCAGUCUUUGCUAAUUCGAUUUGUACAAAAGAAUUCCUUCGAUCUGUGACCGAUCUUUUAAAAAUAUUACUAAUCUCCCCCCUCCCUCCCAGUAUCAAUCGUCCUCUGCAUCGACGCGAUGGCUGAUUCUGCCUAAGAAUUUAGCGAUAAUUAGUUCUUUAAAAUCGAGGAUAACCUUUUGAGUUACCUACAGAAAGGCUUAUAUUCGACGCGCUGCAUUUUCCCCAGUGCAUUGUGUUUCGGUAGGAGUACUAGUUUUUCAAAACCGGACUUGUCGUGUAUUUGUGACGUAUUUAAAUCGCUUACGAAAAUCCAUCAUUUCUCUCCUCUUUUCAUCUUGUCAUGAUCUCAGAUAAACCAUGGAGAAAAAAACAAACGAACAAACAGUGGUGUAUUACUCCGAGUUCCUUGAUUAUGACGUUAAAUUUUUCGCCGAUUUGCAUGUAUAGGUCAUCAUCGUAUAAUUGUGUGCCCUUUACCUCCCUGUAGUUGCAAGCGAAAUAAAAUAUAUAUAAAAACAAAAAA